GGGUCUAAAACGGUGUGCAGCUAUCAUCUCUCCCCCAUACGCCACCUUCUUCUUCUUCUUCCUCCGCCUCUUAUCUUCUUCUGCAAACUAGAGUGCAGAAGAAACCUUCCCUGGAGCGAAUCUCCCUUACCCAUUUCUCAAUACACCCAAAAGCUCCCAUCUUUGGGCUUAAUUUCUCUUGAAUCUCACUUUUGGGGUUUUGGGUCCUUGCGGUUCAGUAAUGGUUCACUACCAGAGAAACCAUCAAUGGAUGAAGAAAGGGGGCGCUGAGAAUGAAGAAGAUGAACCUCACCACCCCCUUGGUUUGGUUUGUGGGAAUAUGAGCUAUUAUUAUAACUUCAAGAGAGCAAAACCCAAGCUUCUCUAUCUCCUCUUUCUCUCUCUCAUUUCUUGCUGCUUUGUCUUAGCUCCCCAGAUCCUCAACUCAUUAGGCUUUGAAGGUGAAGUGCUUGCUCAUGAAACUGAUUCAAAUGCUUCCCUUUGUUCAUCUGUCUCCAAUGCUAUUUCUGUGUCUGGAAAUUAAAAAGCUAAGACCACACUUUAAUAAUUCUUCACACUUUUCCACCACACUUUUUAUCUUGUAAGUUUAGCUGCACAAAAACAGCAAAUACUAUAUAAUGGCAACCUUACCUUGUAAAGAAAUAGAUACAUUAAUGCAUUUACUUCCCAAAGCUUUGUAGAAACUAAGAAACUCAUUUACAUUAUUUACCCAAAGCUAAAAAAUGUAAAGACAGACCCUCUAGCUCCAUUUUGGCAAUGGGCUCUUAUUGUGAGUUUAUUAGCUGCACUUUGGGAAAUCCAAAUCUUGUUGAUAUAUAAACUGUGUUUGGUUGAUUUACUAAUGUCUUUUUUCCAGUUUGACUAGAUAUGGUUAUGAACAAUCAUUGUUAAUUACCUUAGUUAUAUAUUCUUUCUAAUCCUCUGUGUGUGUAAGUUUUUAAACUGUAAAUAUACACUAAUGGAGAACAGUAAAAAUACAGGCACUAUGUGCUGUGAUAGAAGUAGCUUCAGGUCAGAUGUUUGUGUGAUGAAAGGGGACAUAAGAACAGAUUCUGCUUCAUCAACAAUUACCCUUUACACAACAAAUGAUAUCAAUGAGGCAAUAUUUUCCCAUGAGAAGAUAAAGCCCUACACCAGAAAAUGGGAAACAAGUGUGAUGGACACCAUUGAUGAGCUAGAGCUUGUUGUAACUAAGAAGCAGAAGAAACGACAGUGUGAUGUCCGCCACGACGUUCCCGCGGUUUUCUUCUCCACGGGAGGGUAUACUGGUAAUCUUUACCAUGAGUUCAAUGAUGGGAUACUGCCACUCUACAUCACCUCUCACCAUUUCAACAAGAGAGUUGUCUUUGUCAUCCUUGAGUAUCACAACUGGUGGAUCACCAAGUACGGUAACAUCCUCUCGCAGCUCUCGGAUUUCCCCCCCAUUGAUUUUAGAGACAACAGAACCCAUUGCUUCCCCGAAGCCAUUGUCGGUUUGAGGAUCCACGACGAGCUAACGGUUGAUUCUUCACUUAUGGAGGGCAACAAGAACAUAAGGGAUUUCCGGGAGCUUCUGGACCGAGCUUACUGGCCUAGGAUAAGAGGUUUAAUCCAAGACGAGGAACGCGAGGCCAGGGGCAAAAUGGGAAAACCUCAAUAUUCGGCUUCUUCGCCGCCACUGCAGAAGGCGGUGGCGCCCAAGUUGGUGAUAAUAGCCAGAAACGGGUCAAGAACGGUGACAAACGAAGGCCCGUUGGUCGAGUUGGGCGAGGAAAUCGGGUUUCGGGUGGAAGUGUUGAGGCCAGCUAGGACCAGUGAGCUUGCAAAAGUGUAUAGGCUCCUCAACUCAAGUGAUGUAAUGGUUGGAGUGCAUGGUGCUGCAAUGACUCAUUUCCUCUUCUUGAGGCCCAAAUCUGUCUUUAUCCAAAUAAUCCCUUUGGGGACAGAUUGGGCAGCAGAGACUUACUAUGGGGAACCAGCCAAGAGGCUGGGCUUGAAGUACAUUGGCUACAAAAUCCUUCCCGGAGAGAGCUCGUUAUUCGACGAAUAUGACGAAAAUGACCCCGUUCUCUGCGACCCCGCCGCGGUGAACAGUAAGGGCUGGGAAGUAACAAAAAGGAUCUACCUUGAUCACCAAAACGUGAGGUUAAACUUGGGAAGAUUUCGAAGGAGACUCAUUUAUGCCUAUUAUCACUCCAUUGCCAACCAGAUGAAAGGGCAAAUUGGUCUUCGUCAAAGCCAAUGAAUUGAAUCAAUCCACUGUUCUAAGAAAGCCUUAUGCUAUGCUAUAUGUAGGUGGUGACCGUUGAAAGACUUGUACUGGUUGUAGAGACCAGAUGUUUCAAAUGUGUACUGUCAUUUCUU